UCCUUCUACAUGUGGUCUUAAAAUUAGAAACCGGAUCUCGCUCCUAUAACAUGACUCAUUCGCCCCCUGUUUAUCUGUGGGUAUAAAAGGGGCAUUAUACACUCGAACGUGCAGUCUUUUGCAGUCCUGCAUUGAACAACAUGUCCGGGUUUGGGUUCUAUUUCGUCGCCAUCAUUGGUUUUGUGCUUGCAUUGCAAACUGCAGCUACUGUUCCAGGGUGUGGGGGCACAUUAACAGGCACACAGGGGAGUUUUACUAGCCCUAACUACCCUCUGUCGUACCAUCAUGGAAAAACCUGUGAGUGGAAUAUCAGAGUACCUACUGGCUUCCAUGUCGAGUUGAAGAUUGACGAUUUCCACCUGGAAGCACACUCAAGUUGCAACUAUGAUGUUUUCGAGGUCUAUGGAGGAGAGGAUGACUCCGCCCCACUGUUAGCCAGGAUGUGUGGCAAUCAAACCACAUCCCGGACCCUGACAACCACUGGCAACACCAUGAUGGUCAGGUUCCGAACUGACGGAUCUGUUGCUCAUACAGGCUUCUCAGUGUCCUACAAAGCUGUUACGGAAGGGUGUGGGGGCACAUUAACAGGCACACAGGGGAGUUUUACUAGCCCUAACUACCCUCUGUCGUACCAUCAUGGAAAAACCUGUGUGUGGAAUAUCAGAGUACCUACUGGCUUCCAUGUCGAGUUGAAGAUUGACGAUUUCCACCUGGAAACACACUCAAGUUGCAACUAUGAUGUUUUCGAGGUCUAUGGAGGAGAGGAUGACUCCGCCCCACUGUUAGCCAGGCUGUGUGGUAAUCAAAGCACAUCCCGGACCCUGACAACCACUGGCAACACCAUGAUGGUCAGGUUCCGAACUGACGGAUCUGUUGCUUAUACAGGCUUCUCAGUGUCCUACAAAGCUAUUACGGAAGGGUGUGGGGGCACAUUAACAGGCACACAGGGGAGUUUUACUAGCCCUAACUACCCUCUGUCGUACCAUCAUGGAAAAACCUGUGUGUGGAAUAUCAGAGUACCUACUGGCUUCCAUGUCGAGUUGAAGAUUGACGAUUUCCACCUGGAAACACACUCAAGUUGCAGCUUCGAUGUUUUCGAGGUCUAUGGAGGAGAGGAUGACUCCGCCCCACUGUUAGCCAGGAUGUGUGGCAAUCAAACCACAUCCCGGACCCUGACAACCACUGGCAACACCAUGAUGGUCAGGUUCCGAACUGACGGAUCUGUUGCUCAUACAGGCUUCUCAGUGUCCUACAAAGCUGUUACGGAAGGUUAAUACGACGAGGAGGUUGAAGAACCGUAAAAUAGUCAGAAUAGCUCAUUACUAUAAGAGAUUCUUUUUGCACAUGUGAGAAUAGGUCAUUACCAUAGGGCUGUCUCUAUAAAGGUCAGAAUAGAUGAUUACUAUAGGACUGUUUCUAUAAAGGUCAGAAUAGGUCAUUACUAUUGGACUGUUUCUAUUCAGGUGAGGAUAGCUCAUUACUAUAGGACUGUUUCUAUCCAGGUCAGGAUAGGUCAUUACUAUAGGACUGUUUCUAUCCAGGUCAGAAUAGAUGAUUACUAUAGGACUUUUUUAUCCAGGUCAGAAUAGGUCAUUACUAUAGGACUGUUUCUUUCCAGUUCAGAAUAGGUCAUUACGAGAGGACUGUUUCUAUGCAGGUCAGAAUAUAUCAUUACCAUGUGACUGUUUCUAUCAAGUUCGGAAUAGGUGAUUACUAUAGGACUGUUUCUACCCAUGUCAGAAUAGGUCAUUACUAUAAGGCUGUUUGUAUAAAGGUCAGAAUAGAUGAUUACUAUAAGACAGUUUCUAUAAAGGUCAGAAUAGGUCAUUACUAUUGGACAGUUUCUAUCCAGGUGAGGAUAGGUCAUUACUAAAGGACUGUUUCUAUCCAGGUCAGGAUAGGUCAUUACUAUUGGACUGUUUCUAUCCAGGUGAGGAUAGCUCAUUACUAUAGGACUGUUUCUAUCCAGGUCAGAAUAGAUGAUAACUAUAGGACUUUUUUAUCCAAGUCAGAAUAGGUCAUUACUAUAGGACUGUUUCUGUCCAGUUCAGAAUAGGUGAUUACUAUAGGACUGUUUCUACCCAUGUCAGAAUAGGUCAUUACUAUAAGAGAAUGUUUCUGUGCAUGUGAGAAUAGGUCAUUAAUAUAGGACUGCUUCUAUAAAGAUCACAAUAGGUGAUUACUAUAGGUGUGUUACAUCCUAAUAGAUUGCUAUAGGACUGUUUCUAUCUAGGUCAAAAUAGGUGAUUACUGUAGGACUGUUUCUAUCCAGGUCAGAAUGGGUGAUUACUAUAGGACUGUUUCUAUCCUGGUCAGAAUAGGUCAUUACUAUAGGACUGUUUCUAUCCUGGUCAGUAUAGGUGUUUACUAUAGGACUUGUUCUACCCUAGUCCGAAUAGGUCAUUACUAUAAUACUGUUUCUAUCCAUGUCUGAAUAGGUCAUUACUAUAGGAAUGUUUCGAUACAGGUCAGAAUAAGUCAUUACUAUAGUACUGUUUCUAUCCUGGUCUAAAUAGUUGAUUACUAUAGGAAUGUUUCUAUCCUGGUCAGAAUAGUUGAUUGCUAUAGGACUGAUUCUAUCAAGGGGAGAAAAUGUCAUUACUAUAGAACUGGUUUUAUAAAGGUCAGCAUAGGUGAUUACUAUAGGACUGUUUCUAUAAAGGUCAGAAUACGUCAUUACUAUAAGGCUGUUUCUAUAAAGGUCAGAAUAGAUGAUUACUAUAGGACUGUUUCUAUAAAGGUCAGAAUACGUCAUUACUAUUGGACAGUUUCUAUCCAGGUGAGGAUAGGUCAUUACUAUAGGACUGUUUCUAUCCAGAUCAGAAUAGAUGAUUACUAUAGGACUUUUGACACCCAUGUAUUAACUACCGUUUUACCACCCAUGUAUUAACUACCGUUUUACCACCCAUGUAUUAACUACCGUUUUGACACCCAUGGAUUAACAAUCGUUUUGACACCCAUGUAUUAACUGCCGUUUUGACACCCAUGUAUUAACUACCGUUUUACCACCCAUGUAUUAACUACCGUUUUACCACCCAUGUAUUAACUACCGUUUUACCACCCAUGUAUUAACUACCGUUUUGACACCCAUGGAUUAACAAUCGUUUUGACACCCAUGUAUUAACUGCCGUUUUGACACCCAUGUAUUAACUACCGUUUUACGACCCAUGUAUUAACUACCGUUUUACCACCCAUGUAUUAACUACCGUUUUGACACCCAUGGAUUAAAUACUGUUUUGACACCCAUGUAUUUACUACCGUUUUGUCACCCGUUUCAUGUAAAAUAUAUGUUGAAUGUUACCUUUUUCAAACGGUUGAUAUUGUAGAGGCGAUAUCAAAUAAAAUGUUUAUAGCACUA